AUGGGUUGUAUGAGCUCCAAGACCGCCGAUCCUGUGGAGAAGGAAGCGGUGCAGCGAAAUGCUAGGAUAGAAAGGGUUCUGAAGGGUGAUAAGAAAAACAUGGACCGGACGAUCAAGAUCCUGCUACUUGGUGCGGGAGAAUCUGGAAAGUCCACAAUCAUCAAGCAAAUGCGCAUCAUUCACGCGGGCGGUUUCCCGGAAGAUGAAAGGCAUCAAACACGCGCCGUCAUCUAUGCCAAUCUGAUCAUAGCUUUCAAGGUCCUGUUGGAUAUUAUGAACGCAGAGCAUAUCAGCUUCGAGCAUGAUUCGACAAAGCCACUGGGCCAGCUCGUCGACAACACAGACCCUGACGUGGGAUCUGAAGAAGCGUUCUCAGAUCUGAAAAUCCGUGACGCCAUGAAAACUAUGUGGAAUGAUGCUGGAGUCCAAAAAGCCGUUGCACGAGGACAUGAGUUUGCUUUGCAUGACAAUCUGCAUUACUACUUUGAUUCGAUUGACCGUCUUUUCAUGCCAGGGUGGUUACCAGACAACCAAGAUAUGCUGCAGGCCCGUCUGCGGUCCACUGGUAUUACGGAAACCCUCUUUGAAUUGGGGCAAAUGAACUUCCGCAUGAUGGACGUUGGUGGACAGCGUUCUGAACGAAAGAAGUGGAUCCAUUGCUUUGAAGGUGUUCAGUGUCUUCUCUUCAUGGUUGCGUUGUCUGGAUACGAUCAAUGUCUGGUGGAAGACCAGAGUGCUAAUCAAAUGCACGAGGCCAUGAUGCUUUUUGAGUCCCUGGCCAAUGGCGAAUGGUUCAAACGAAAACCCAUCAUCCUCUUCCUAAACAAGAUUGAUUUGUUCAAGGGGAAAUUGGAUAUGUCGCCAGUGGCCAAACAUUUCCCCGAUUUCACCGGCUCGAAUACCGAUUUCGAUGCGGCUGCACGGUACUUUGCCGAUCGAUUCCGUGGUAUCAACCGGAUACCUGAUCGUGAGAUCUACAUUCAUUACACGAACGCCACCGAUACGACAUUGCUCAAGGCUACCAUGGACUCAGUCCAAGAUAUGAUUAUCCAGAAGAAUCUCCAUACCCUGAUACUCUAA